GAUACGUUAUAUUGCAGCCACCUACCUACCCAACCCACCCGCGAGGGGGCCGGGGACGGGAGAGUAAAGUAUUAAGCAGCUGCAGCAAGGUCAGAGGAGGAGCAUCCAUUCCGAUCUAAUCCAAGCAUAGCCUACUACUAUAGGAAUUAGGAAGGAGCUAGGAAAUUAGCUAGCGAGCGAUGUCUGAGGUGGUGGCUAUGGCGGGCAAGGCGUACAUGCGGCAGCUCCAAGCCCACCCACUGCGCACCAAGGCCAUCACCUCCGGCGUGCUCGCCGGCUGCAGCGAUGCCAUCGCGCAGAAGAUCUCCGGCGUCACCAAGCUUCAGCGCAGGAGGCUCCUCCUCAUCAUGCUCUAUGGAUUUGCUUAUGCGGGACCGUUUGGCCAUUUUCUCCACAAGCUUAUGGAUCGGUUUUUCAAGGGAAAGAAAGGAAAAGAAACUACAGCCAAGAAGGUCUUAGUGGAGCAACUAACCGCGUCGCCGUGGAACAAUAUGAUGUUUAUGAUGUACUACGGUCUUGUGGUUGAAGGGAGACCUUUUAGUCAAGUGAAGAGCAAGCUCAAGAAAGACUACGCAUCUGUUCAGUUGACAGCUUGGAAGUUCUGGCCAAUUGUUAGUUGGAUCAACUAUGAAUACAUGCCGCUCCAGCUGCGAGUUCUUUUCCACAGCUUCGUUGCAUCCUGCUGGGCAGUAUUUCUUAACCUAAAAGCAGCAAGGUCCAUUGCCACUAGUAAGAAGGCGUAAAGAUAGCAGGGAGAUGCAUGCUGCUUGCUGUCGACAUUCUUCAGGUGAAGAAGGCUCAAGAGAACUCAAGCGGCUGGGCUUAUUUAUAAUUUAGAUGGCGUCAUUUCACUCGUUCAUUCUGCCAGUUUGUACGUGCAAACUUAAUUGGUGAUACAUAUUUAUGCCCUUUGUCUGUAUGCCAACCACUUUACAGGCCAUUUGGUACACCACGGCACACCUUGAGCAUGUGAUAAAAAGGUCACACCCACUCGUAUAUUGGUCGUGUGGUGGGUUUGUGCAUAUAUGUAUAUCUAUAUUACUAGCUAAAUUAGGGAUGAUAAUUUUAUCCAUAGGUAUGAGUACCCGAUGAGUAUGGUAUGGGUGUGAUUUUUUA